AUGCCCGAAGAGUUUGUUGAGACAUCGUCCAUGCCGUGCGCGCCCGCUCGAGAUAGCUUGUGGUUGGCACGGAAACUCUGGGAUGACCGAUGGCUGGGCCGCACCUUCCCAAUGGGAAAGGCUUUGAGAGAUACGCUCGGCACCUGGCACAAGCGUGGUCGCACCGCUAUCAGCCUGCAGACGUCGAAGUCGCGGACGCCAUCCGACUAUGAGGAGCUGGCGUAUUGGUGGGAUUGUGAAGAGGAGUUGUACAGCGGCCGCGAUGUACUUGUCGUCUAUUGGGAAUGGGAGGUUCAGACCGCUGUGUGA